AUGGAAGGUGUUGACGAAGAAGUGUUAAUAUCCCUAGUUGAAGCAAAACCUGUGAUAUGGGACAAAACUUUAGAAAUUUAUAAGGAUAGAAAUUCAACAAAGAAAGCCUGGGAAGAAGUAUGUUUAGCACUCAAUCCGGAUUUAGAGAACAAUGGCGAUGGAGAAAAAAAUGCAUUUGGCAACAUCGUUACCUUAAAAGCUAACAUUAACAUGUGCGGUAUGAGUAUUGAAUGGAAUCAUUUGACGAGAAGACAAAGAAAAGGUCUAAGGUUAUUGUAUAGGCACGGGUGCACUUGCAAAAUACGAAAAUGUUCACUUGGAAAACGCUGUUACAGACAACGAGAUAGUUGCAUCUGGAGGAAUUCCUGCGAAACAAAAGAAGGAAUCUGUUUACGACAACCAAACAAAUCCUGCAUGUGGGCUAGGACGAGAGCUCUAACAACGUGUUCAAGAGAGUGGCGUCGUAACGUAACGAUGAGUUCUUCUUAUCAUCAGUACAACAACUUUGCUUUCCACCAUUAG